AUGGCUUCCAGGAAGAAGGUCCUAUUAAAGGUUAUAAUUUUGGGCGAUAGCGGUGUUGGCAAAACGAGUUUGAUGAAUCAAUAUGUCAACAAGAAGUUCAGCGCGAGUUACAAAGCGACCAUCGGAGCGGAUUUCCUAACGAAAGAGGUGCUGGUUGACGACCGGUUGGUGACGAUGCAGCUUUGGGAUACUGCAGGACAGGAACGAUUCCAAUCGCUAGGAGUAGCCUUCUAUAGAGGGGCUGAUUGCUGUGUUCUCGUUUACGAUGUGAACAACUCAAAGAGUUUCGACACACUGGAUAGCUGGAGAGACGAGUUUUUGAUUCAAGCGUCGCCGAGAGACCCAGAUAACUUCCCAUUUAUAUCCUCGAAGCGUGCGAUGACUUUCUGUCAAUCAAAAGGGGGGAUCCCUUAUUUUGAGACUAGCGCCAAAGAAGCUAUUAACGUAGAACAGGCAUUCGAAGUCAUCGCAAGAAAUGCUCUUAUGCAGGAAGAAUCAGAGGAAUUUAGUGGGGAUUUUUCAGACCCGAUCAAUAUCCACAUCGAGAACGACAGAGAUGGAUGUGCCUGCUAG